UAGAAUGUACAACCAAUAGGAGUCAGGAUAACACUACGGCAUAGCCGCCAGCUGUAACGCGCGUCCUGAUUGGAUGCCAGGAGAGUGAUACAUUGUAGCAGUAGUUAUCAGCGUGACAGGAGAAGUAGCGGAGUACUGAGGCUCUACCCUCCGCCGCCACCCACACAGUGUCGUGCAUACAACAUACAUGGUUCAUGCUGCAAUGGUGUGCUGGUGAUUGCUGGUGUCCUCAUCUGACAUUAAUCCCACUGUGAAAAAGAAAUUGAAGGUGACAGGUCAUAAUAUGUAUUAAAGAGAGGUUGCUUACGUUACUUAAAUCAAUAUGGAUGCCCCGCGGGACUCAUUUGGCAGGGCAGUGUGCAAUGGAUUUGCUUCGGCUGAAAAGAAGACGAUCUCCCUGGUGGCAGAAGGUCACGGACAGCAAAUCCUAAAUGUCCUGCAGAGUUUCAGGCAGCAAAACAUGUUCUUUGACUUCAACAUCAUUGUAAAAGAUGAAUUAAUUCCCUGCCAUCGCUGUGUGCUAGCAGCCAGCAGUGACUUUUUCAGGGCUAUGUUUGAAGUAAACAUGAAAGAAAGAGGUGGUGGAAGCGUCACCAUUAGCAAUUUAUCAGCAAAAGCCGUGAAAGCAUUCCUGGAUUACGCCUACACGGGCAGAGCACAGAUUACAGAUGGGAACGUCGAUAUGCUUUUUCAGAUGUCCUCAUUUCUCCAGGUGCCGCUACUUGCAAAGGCAUGUAGCGAUUUCUUAAUAAAAACAAUCAAUACAAAUAACUGUUUGCAACUGUUAUCAAUAUCGGACAGCUAUGGUUCCAUCCGUCUGUUUGACCGUGCCUUACAGUUUGCGCUGCAGCACUUUACGCUGCUAACACAAACUACUGACUUCUUGGAACUGAAUGUUGGAGUACUAGAGAAAUGUCUGCAGGACAACAACUUAAAUGUCCCAGAAGAAGAGUUUGUGCUGAUGGCCGUCCUUGCCUGGACUAAGCACUCUCUGGACGAGCGAGAGAGGUUUUUUAAUCAGUUGAUAAGUCAAGUUAGAUUACAUCAGUUAUCACAGCCCACACUGCAAAAUCUGCUGGUCUCUGAGGAGCAAUUAUUGAAAAGCGCAAACUGCUUGUCCAAAAUCAGUUCUGCCAUGGAAUGCAUUGAACACUCUGGUGGGCUAUUUCCCAAUGCUCGAAUUUCCACAACGGAAAAAUACAUCAUUGUCCACAAAACCGCAGAGGGUGGAGAUACCCAGUUCACGUUUUGCUACAGUAUCAAGAAUGAUAAAUGGUUAGAGCUUCCGCAGGUACAUAUUGUUGACCUUCCAGGUUCUAGCUUCUCCAGCUAUGGAGAAAAGGUAUUUAUAACAGGAGGAUGUACAGGUAACUGUUGUCGAGCAGUUAGACUUCACAUUGCUGAGUCCCACCAUGAGGCCACUGAUCAAACGUGGUGCUAUUGUCCUGUAAGUAAUAAUUAUUUUCUAGUACCAGCCAUGACAAAGCCUAGAACUAUGCACGCGUCCGUGGUGGCCCUCAGCCAAUUGUUUGUGAUUGGUGGCAAAACCAAAGGAUCACAAGACAUUCGGAGUCUUCUAGAUGUCGAGGCUUAUAACCCUCUGACCAGAGACUGGAAGUCAGUUGGUCGGUUGCCCAGAGGAAUAUACUACCCAGAAGCCAGUGCAUGCAAGUCCACCAUUUAUGUACUUGGAUCUGAAGUAGAGAUCACUGAUGCUUUUAACCCUUCCCUUGACUGUUUUUUUAAGUAUAACGCAGAGACAGACCAGUGGUGUGAGCUUGUAGCAGAGUUUGGACAAUUUUUCCAUGCUACCUUGAUCAAAGCAGUACCCGUGAACAACACGCUGUAUAUCUGUGACCUUUCAACCUACAAAGUUUACAGCUUCUGUCCGGAGACAUGUGUGUGGAAGGGGGAGGGGUCUUUUGAGUGUGCGGGAUUUAAUGCUGGGGCAGUGGGUAUUGAAGAUAAAAUUUAUAUCUUGGGUGGUGAUUAUGCCCCUGAUGAAAUUACGGAUGAAGUACAAGUCUACCACAGCAACAGGUCAGAGUGGGAGGAGGUCUCGCCAAUGCCGCGGCCUUUGACUGAAUUCUACUGUGAAGUCAUUCAGUUCAAUAAGUUUAGGGAUCCAUGGGGUAUAAGCAACCUGUAAUCUUUUCAGAUCAUAAUUUAACAUUAAGGCUAUGUUCACCUGGGUACGCUCAAUAAGUUACAGCUGCUUUCCAUUCAUCGUACAGUGAAUGGCCAUCAAAUGGAGGGUGACACAGUUUAUUGGCAUAUAUACUGAAAGAAGACAGAGUAUGAAGUGCAGAAAAACUAGUGUAUGAUAUGUUCUGGGUCCAUCGUGUGUUUUUUUGUUCCAUAUGUGAGGACUCUCCAUUCACCACAGGGAUCCCUGCUUUGUUUCCACUGACGUGACUGAAAUGCUUGCGUGUAUGAUUUCAUUGUCGCUAUAUGCUGUACCCUCUUGGUUGUUUCGCUCGCUCAUACAGAGCCGAGGCAGCCAUUUUUUCUGGACAAUGGACCCUAUUCAGUAAGGAUUGCAAAUUCUUCUUUUUAGCAGAAUGUGCAAUCCUUAGUCUCGCACGCUGUGGGCCACCCAUCGCAGGGCAAGGCCACCCAGCAUGCUAACCACCGUGCCCCCCCCCCACCCUGCGGCCACAAACUUAAUGCGAUCACGGCGCAAUUAGUGCGCGGUCACUUUUUGCUCGGAGCGGCUGUGUUUGAUGUCACGCAGCCACCCUGAUCACGCCCACGCUACGCCCCCUGUUUGGAUUCUACCGCCCACCGUUUCCCUGUUGCCGUCCUGCGAACGCCACUGCCUGAUUGACAGGUAGAGGCAUUCGCAUUUACUGUGGGUGACCUGCAGUAAAUGCAGGCGCAUGCGCCUGCCAGGCGAAAGCAAAAAUUCCGGUUGGAUCGCAAUUUGCGAUCCAACCUGAAUUAGGCCCUAUGACCGCUCUUUAUGAAAACGUAACCUGUCAAUUCACUAAGGGCCACAGAGUUCAGCAACGUACACUGGGAGAGAUGUAUCAAAUCUUUAAGAGCAAUGAAAUGGAGAAGUUGACUAUAAUUAGCUUUCUAAAUGUAAUUUCAUACACUGUACUAGAUAUCUAACACUUACAAGCUGAUUGGUUGCUUUGGGCAACUUAUCCAUUUUAUCUCUUUCCAAGGCUUGAAACAUCUCCCCUACUGCGUGGCCAUAAGAAUGGUCUGUCAGUUUAAUAGUAGGAACCACUUAAAUCAAUGAGGCAUUCAGAAGACUACAACAUACUGUAUAUAUUAGUUAAUUGAUAAGUAAACAGUGGCUGUAUAAUUGAGAUACGGCUAUAUAAAAGAAAUAGCAACAGCUAUUCUCCACCCAAACUGUGGAUUUUAACAUUAAAUGAGUAAAGGGCCGUUAUGUGACCUCACAAAAAUCAGCACUAAUACAAUGGUAGGAUAUUCCAUAGGCGGCACCACACGCACUACUAAGCGGUAAAAAAAUCCAUUGGAUGCAGACACCUUUGAAACGCUAAUAGGCAAAAGUUUCUUUGGGGAGGUAUGUAUUGUAGCGGCACGGAGCGUGCCGCUAUAACACUUCCUGCUUCAUCUUGUUACCAAUGCGAAGCAGAAAGAGACAUCAACAAGAUGUAAGAACAUCUUCUCUGCUGAAGCAGGGCAGUAAAAACUCCCCUCUCCUGCGAUGCCCGUCUCAGCAUACAGCGCAUCAGGUUAGUGCUGACGCGCUGUGUCUCCCUGACCAGCCGGCUGUUCUGCGCAUGCGCUUGAUCUCAUUACUCACACAAGAUCACACAUGCAGCCCGGAGUCGUCACCUGCCGCAGCCUGGGACAGCUGUGUCCCUGCUAUGGAGAUAGGGCAUCGCCAUCUGCUGCUGUCGAUAUACAGUAGAUAGCUGCAGGUGUCGGAACGGUCAGCUCUUACAUUGCACCCACAUAUUAGCGUGCUAUCUUUCAGCACCCCUGUCAUACAGCUACUGUCACGCAUGUAGGGGAAGCUGUAUCGGCAGGCGUAACAUGUCUUAUGCCGAUUCCCCCCUUUAACGACCUUUCAUACAUUUACCUCUUUGUCCUUCUUGAUUAUGAACACAUCCUUUUUAUUCUUUAUCACUAAAAGAAGUUAUCGCACCCUCCGUAUGUUCAACAUUCAGACACCCGAAAUGCACUCAAAGCAAAUUAUUUGCUAUUAUUGCAUGCAAUAAAUCUGUAUAAGGAAAUUAUAGCAGACGCUCUAAGGAUAAAAUAUUUCAUAUACCACCCAUAAAAAAUAAUAUAUAUAAACAUAUUUUAGUAAGAUUUUAUAUUUUACAUGACAAUAUUCAUGUGCAUAUUAUGGUCGAUCAUUACGGCAGUGUAUUGUUAUUUUUGUUUUAAAAUACUUUUGUAGUUUUUACGUUUCAGAAAAUUGCGCCCUCAGGAGGCGGUUUAGAGCAAUGUGCGCACCGUGCUGUCGCAAACAUCGGGCAGUAGCGCUCCAUUAUCAAGAUCUUCGCUCAGUUUUCGUUGCACCCCAUAGUGGUAACUUCCAUUGUCUAGCUUCCCUAGUAGCCACAUCCUGGUGGGUUUUUUUUCUUUUUGUGUAAAUCUGCACCUAAAUGCUGUCAGUCAAUAACCUUACUACAUUUAUUAAAGGGAAAAACUUGGGCUUCUCUAUUUGCACACGUAUCUAUAGUAUUCAAAAGUGCAUUCCCAGAUUUGUGUUUUGGAACUACUUUAUAGAAGCAGGGCCUGAUUUGUACCGAUCUGCGGUCACUCUUCCGUACGCCCAUUGCAUUCUUUUCUACAUUACUUUUAGAAUCAGCCAAAGUAUGCAGCAAAUUUGUCUGUUUUUACCCAGUUUUGUUCUAUUACUGUUGUUCUAAUUGUAAAGCGCAACGGAAUAUGCUGCGCUAUAUAAGAAACUGUUAAUAAAUAAAUAAAAUUUGUACACCUGAAAGUGGGU